UGUACAAGAGGGGUAUGAGUGGGAUUAAAGGGAAAAGUGAACAUUUCUCAUGCGUUGCUGGCAUACCUUCAACCACAUAUAGCUAACGUAUGACAUUGUGUGUUCCUCCCUCGCCAACUCAUAUAAUCGCCUGACAUAUCCACGUAAGUAUCAAGUCUUGAUUUCAUAUGGAAGAGUCCUCCAAGGCGGUUGAGGUUGAGCAGGAAGCAAGUGAAGCAAAGGCUCCUCACGAGGCUUUGUUUCUUGUCUUGUCAUAUCUUCCUGUGUACGAGGUUGUGGUCAUGUCUCAAGUCUGCACAUCACUAAGGGAUGCAGUGAACAAUGACAUAUUACUAUGGUUGAAUGUUAUUGUUCAAAGGCCCCUCAGUUGGCGACUCAACGAUGAGAUUCUAAUCAAAAUCACCUCAAAGGCCAAUGGUAGGCUCAAAACUCUCGCUCUCAUCAACUGCAUGCACGUUACCGACCACGGCCUCCAAAGGGUCGUUCAACAAAAUCCUCUCAUUAACAAGUUGCAUAUACCAGCAUGCACUGGCAUAACCCCUGAAGGAGUUCUAGGAGCCGUGAAAACACUAUGCCAAAGAAGCAAUUGCUUAAAGACCUUAAGUAUAAACGGCAUCUACAACAUACAGAAGGAGCAUCUUGACAUGCUUAUCAUGAACCUUGGAAAGAAUCAACCACUAGAGGAGCAGCAAAAGCAGCAGCAGCCUGUCUACUAUCAUGAACGAUGUAGCUUUUCAGUAUUCAAGCAGGAAGAAAGCUGGCGGCUUAUUGAUUUGGAGAUAUGUCCCAGGUGCUUUGAGGUGAGGAUGGUUUAUGAUUGCCCCAAAGAGCACUGCACGAGAAGGGAAUGGCCCCUAGCUCCAUGUAGGGGUUGCAAUUUUUGUAUUCCAAGGUGCGAAAACUGUGGUGGAUGCAUUGAAUCCGGAGAAGUGGAAGAGGGAGCUUGUGAAGAUAUCUUCUGCCUUGAAUGUUGGUUACAGCUUCCCAAGUGCAGUUUCUGCAACAAACCAUAUUGUAAGCAACACACAAACUGGUGGUGCACUUCUUCAGACUCUUCAUUGAUCUGUAAAGUUUGUGAUGAAAAUUCUCACGGAUAUACGUAUACUGAUGUUCUAUAAUGACGUGCAACUUGGGAUAAGUUUCAACUAUCAUGCAUCAAGCCAUCAAGUAAGUUUAUAGAUGAUGAAUGAUUAUAUUAUUUGCAUUCAUGAAUGUACUUAAAGUUUGAUUGUUCUGGAUUAUAAAAUGAAGGUUUUUCUCUAAA